CUUCCCCUUCCACGUCUCUACAGCAAAGACGAAACAAAUCAUUGUUUGAAUAUUACUGAAUCAAACGUUUUUUUUUAUUACAAAUUUUGGAAUCAAAACUCUCUUUCACCGGAAAAAUUUCAAUGGGCAACUCCUCGUCGAUGCUGACUCAGUACGAUAUCGAAGAAGUACAGCAACACUGUAACAACUCGUUUUCGCAGCAGGAGAUCGUUUCUCUGUACAAGAGAUUCUGCCAGCUGGAUCGAAAAGGCGGCGGUUUCGUCUCCUCCGAGGAGUUCUUGUCCGUGCCUGAGUUUGCUGUUAAUCCUCUCUCUCAGAGAUUGUUAAGGAUGGUAGAUGGAUUGAAUUUCAAGGAAUUCGUAGCGUUUUUGUCUGCAUUUAGUCCUCGUGCUACUUUGCAACAAAAAAUCGAAUUUAUAUUCAAGGUGUAUGAUUCAGAUGGCAAUGGGAAAGUUAACUUUAAUGACAUGUUGGAUGUUUUGCAUGAUUUGACUGGCCAAUUCAUAUCUGAAAAGCAGAGUAAGCAAGUUUUGACUCAAGUUCUUGAGGAAGCAGGUUACACUAAGGAGUCCCUGUUAGUUCUGUCAGACUUUGUAAAGAUUCUUGGAAGCUCCGGUUUGAAGAUGGAAGUUGAGGUUCCGGUGGACUAAACUCCGGGUAACCAUUCUCUGUCAUAUAGUAUAUUAUGGCGUAUUGAACUAUAUUUUGGCUACUUUAACUAUCUUGAGAGUUAAUCCAGUAUGACCUAAUGCAAACUCCACUGAUAUUGUGCAUUAGUUUCUGCGUUUCUGCUCAUAUGUUUGAUUGCAUUAGUUUGACAAUUUUAACGAUGACGAGAAAAGAGACCAAAGCAUGAUGAAAGGGGUAUACUACACCAUUAGUCAUCAAA